UGAGCUGCCAAGCUGCCUGGCCACGUUGGCAACGAAACCUCGAGCAGAUCCAAGCGGGCCUCCACACCUUUUGUCUCCUCUUGGGAAUCUGAUUUUUUUUGUCCCCCCGAUUCUCUGCGUGCCUUCGACUUAUUCAUUUGGGGCUCCGUAAUGGUGCAGCUUGCGGAGUCUGUCAUAGGUAGCUCGAGACAGCCAAUCAUGCUGUCAACAGAAAUCCGAUGUACCCACCAUUCCCAGAAGGAAUGCAGAUGGCGAUGUUUGGCAUGGGGUGCUUCUGGGGAGCAGAGAAAAAGUUCUGGCAGCUUUCAGGGGUCUUCUCUACACAAGUGGGGUUCUCGGGAGGUUUCACCCCUAAUCCCACUUACAAAGAAGUCCGCACUGGGAUGACUGGACAUACUGAAGUAGUCAGGAUUGUGUUUGACCCACAGACAAUCAGCUACAAGGAUCUUCUCAAAGUUUUCUGGGAGAACCAUAACCCCACUCAUGGGAUGAAGCAAUACGAUGAUGUCGGCACCCAGUACCGUUCAGCCAUCUAUGCCUUUGGAACUGAGCAACUGCAAUUUGCCCUGAGAUCCAAGGCAGUAUAUGAACAGUAUGCUGCUGCUGCUGUUGCUUCUUCUUUGAUGAGGGCAGUUAUGUCUGAAUGGGAAUUCCUUGUAGACACGAAGGAGCUGACUAGGAAGCAACUGGGGCGGAUCACCACUGAGAUCCGGGAGGCCGGCCCGUUCUACUAUGCCGAAGAUUACCACCAGCAGUAUCUACACAAAAUCCCAGGUGGCUUCUGUGGCUUACGAGGCACUGGCAUUCCUUGUCCCGUUGCUGAUGGAGAAGAGCCCUAAGGGGAGCCUCGGUGAUCAGAAUCUGGAUGUGGUCGCCAUGGAAACUGAAGCAGCCAAGCAUCCACUUUUAAUUCAACAGUAAUUGGACAUGUGUGUCCUUUGUUUCCCUUUUUAUGACUUUGUGGGAGUGGGAGGCCCACUAAGAGACCUUCCCGUACCUUUGGUAUGCAUAGACAUGGGGGAUUCUUUCAACACACAACUGCUGGUCAAGUGGAAUUCAACAGUGUGUCAAAGGUGUGUGUCUAAUACAGCCAUAGCCCCAUCCCUGGUCCAGUUUUGGUUUAUAGGAAUCUGAAUCCAAGGGAGAUCAUAGAGUUGGAAGGGUCCACAAGAGCAACGCAGGUGCACACAUUCAGGAACAUACAGAUCCCAGACCUUUGGUAUGAUUGGGAUAGAAUGUGGUUCAAUUGCUCUUCCCUCCAUCACAUGUUUUACGUAUGCCAUUGUGACCGAUCAGUAAGCUGCCCAGAAAUAUGUCAAGUUACUCUAUGACCUCCUGGAAGGUUUCCACUUCUGUGGUUUGUGCUGAAAGCCAAGGUAUUCUUUCUCUGCCCACCACAUCUGGAAUAUUCAGGGCACUUCAGGUCAGUUGCUCUUGAGCAUAGGUGUCAAACUUGUGGCCCUCCAGAUGUUAUGGACUACAGUUCCUAUCAUCCCCUGCCAGCAUCAUGAUGGGAACUGUAGUCCAUAACUUCUGGAGGGCUGCGAGUUUGACACCUGUGCUCUUGAGCACUGGCUGAUCUCCCCAUGGUCUUCACCACCACUGUGACAAAAUGACUCCCAUCACGGACAAAAUGGAUAUCUUACAUCUCUCCCCUAUAGGUCUUACCCCUUUGUUCUAUCAGUUGAUCCUCAACCCAGCUGCAUUCUGAGGGUAAUCAAUAAACUCCUUUCCAUCAGUUUAGCCCCAGACCAACUUUUGGAAAUGGGUCUUAGGAAAGCUAAAAAUAAGGUUAACCAACACC